UGCCCACAUUUGACCUCGUAGAGCAUAGCCAGCAAUCAGAAGAAUCAAGGCAGGAACCACGAGAAAAGCUGAACCAUAAUAGAAAUUUUUUCCAACUUGACACGGACAACUGAACGUGUAAGAGGAAAAUAGUUGCUGCCCACAAACAGUCAAAAUCGCUAUCAAAGAGUUGAUGCACGGUUCACUUCUGAGCAGAGAAGACGGAAUACAGUUCAGAUCUGGGCUCAUUGUGGAAGCUCUGACACAGCCAGCUGGUGGCCCUUUCUGAUGGCUAGACUACCAGCUAGGACCAUUUUAUAGGAUAGCACUGGUUUAACUGGUUGUGUCAAGUAACCCAGACAUCCUUGUAUGUUUAAAGGAUUCUAAGACUCUUCUCAUGUACUUUGUGAAUCCUGAGCUAAUAAAUUCACACCAGAUAGUAGCUGGGAGAGAGAGAGAAGGGAUCUCAGUUUUGUUUGAAAAGAGAACUCGGAGUCUCAUCAGGAAUGACCACAGCACACUUGCCAGACAGAGUCCCUCCAUCUUUCAGUGCACCACUUUGCACCACAGAAAAUGUUAAGCAUCAGACAGCAUGGCCUAAGAAGCAAAGCAGAGACACUCUUAUCUCAGUGACAGAUUCUCCAGACAAAGCAUUACAAAACACAGAGAAAUGCAAAGAGCAAAGGUAGCAUAGCACACUCCUGCAUCAAAGCAAGGAAGACCUCGCUAAGACAAAGACCGGAGAGGACUACUGAUGUGCAUCUAAGUCACAGACGGAAGGAAGGCACUGAAGAUCUCCUCACCCACCAGGAGAGAUGUCUCGUCCUGCACACAAAAGGCCAGAAUAUCACAAAAUAAACAAAGACCUUUUUGUGCUCACCUAUGGAGCUCUGGUUGCCCAGCUAUGCAAGGAUUAUGAAAAAGAUGAGGAUGUGAACAAAUACUUGGAUAAAAUGGGUUACAGUAUUGGAACACGGCUGGUGGAAGAUUUUUUGGCUCGAUCCUGUGUGAGAAGAUGCCAUAGUUAUUCAGAAAUUAUCGAUAUAAUUGCCCAGGUUGCUUUCAAGAUGUACUUGGGAACUACACCGAGUGUGACCUGCCACAAUUCAAGCAGAAAUGAAUUUUCCCUGAUUCUACACAAGAAUCCUCUGGCAGAGUUCAUAGAAGAGCUGCCUGCUGGGCGAUCUGCACUGUGCUACUGCAACUUACUCUGUGGGAUCAUUCGAGGAGCCCUGGAGAUGGUUCAUUUAGCGGCUGAUGUUACAUUCUUGCAAGACAGACUAAAAGGUGACAAUGUGACAGAAAUUGGAAUAACAUUUCUGAAAAAGGUGGAUGAUAAAAAAUAUAGACGGAAAAAAUGAAGACUAGCAUGCAGAGAGCCACCCACUGGUUGGCUGUCCAGUGAGUAUUAGCUAAACACACACCCACAGAAGUUCUGUAGUAGCUUCGGCAGGCUUAUAAAUCUUGCUGUGUGUCACACAAUUUUAGCAAUUUCAGAUACAAGUAACUUCUUAUAAAACAGUAAGCAUGAAUUCCACCCACAUAUUCAAUCCCUCCUCAGCCAGUCUAUCCAUUCAGUUACCUGUGACAAUAGGAAAAGAAGAAGAAGCAUCACCUAUACAAGCUGUUAGGGCCUUGGCUCUUUUCAAUAGAAAAAAAAAAUGAAUGAAAUGAUACAGCAUUAGAGAGAGACAGGCUUUAGACAUAGUAUAUAACAGAUAUAUUUGCAACAUCUCUCAUAGACUUUAUUAUGAAUGUGAUUUUAUUUUUUACUUAUUGUCUUUGCUUAUUAUUGGGGCAUAUUGCUUGAAGGUGCAUCUCUGUAAAUUCAAUUGUUAAUUCUGUCCUGGCAGAGAGCUAAAUGCUGGCAGGAUUCUGGUAUUGCCGCUUUUAUGGCUCAUUUCCAAGUUUCCUAAUUUGUAAAUAUUUGUUCUUCCUCAUUUGCCUAAAGCAAUCUAGAAUGUAUCAGAGGUUGUCUUACUGCUGAUUGGCUAUAAUAAAUAUCUGGCAGCCAAUAGCUGGGCAGGAGGUGGGGGAGCGGAACUUCAGAGAGGGGAAUGCUGGGAGAAGGUAUGAGACACAGAGAUCCAGCCAAUUAACUCAGGUGAAGAACCAGAACAGAGAGGAACAGAGAGCUUCCUGCAAUGUGGCAUGUGGUAGGCUAGUUAGUCAGAUUACAUUUAAAGUAGCCUUAGCUAAAAACCUAAACUGUAAAAGAAUAAAAAGCCUCUGUGUCACUAUAUCACUGGCAGAUCCAUGAAAGUUCUGCUGUGGCUUAUAACUUCAACUACUCUCUAGGUAUAACAGAGAGCCCAAUUUAUCUAUCUGGAUGCCAAUUCUGAAGCAUUAAAAUUUAUAUCUGAUUUUAAUUCAUUUAACUUUAAACUUUAAUUUCUUUAAUUUGGAGAUGGCUAGUAUCAACAAAAUAUCAUUAGUACUCAUGAUAUUUGGCUGGUGGAACCCUUGGAGAUCAAAUCCAAGGGUCUUGCAUUUGCACCAGCAUGCCUUAGUUCUCUUGAAUAUGUUCUGGGUCCUGUAGGGUGCCCCUAUUAGACUCUGCCUUCUUUUCUGUCUUGCCAAUGUAGCCAUCAAACCCACCACAUUGAAGGCAGUUUUGCCUGAUAUUCCCAGAGACACUGCAUAUAGAACCGGUGGAGCUACCAAAAUAAGUAUCAUUCCUUGACUUUUACCUCAUCAUCCUGUAUUGAGAGCAGUAUCUUGGUAUUGAAUUUGUGAUAUCGAAGGUGACCCAUAUACUCACAGAACGGCUUUCUUGUAUUUACUGUGUUUCAUUCUGAAGAUGGUGAGACUCUUGAAAGCCACAAAUAUUGUUCCAAAUAUUCCUUCUUCAUCCCUUCUUCUUUCUUUUCUUUCUUCUUUAAUGAUAUGACGUGUUACCCAGUCUGGCACUCAAGUCCUGAUCCUACUGUUUCCACUUUCCAAGUGCCAGGAUUUUGUUAUCUCAGAUAAUAAGUUUUACAUUCCUUUCUGAGUCUUUGAAACCAACUGUAUUUAACCCAGAUCAGUUCAAUGAUCAAUAGAAUUUAAAGGAAAAAUAGAGUCCUUGCAAAAUAAUACAUUUUAAUUAGUGUUGUUUAAUGGUUUCAGUGUUUAAAAUUGGAAGCCAUUAAGCUACACUGAAACAAAUGCCACAAUAGUUACACAGUAAGUAUUUAGUAAUGGUCUUGCAGUUACUGCCACGGGCUGUACAAAUUCAAAGUUGAAGAUUCAGUGAGUUCCUUUCCACUGAUCUGGAAAGCCAGCAAACAACAGAUUAAUCCAUGCCAAGUUGUCCUCACUACCACUGAGGUGACCCAGAGAAGCAAUUAAAGAUGGCGGCACCAGUGUCCCAUUUCAUCCCUGUAGGAAGUUCCAUCGUUUGGGGGAAGGGCAAUGGGAAGUUAUUUGGUAGAGCAACAGGGUUUUAUUGUAUUUCCAUUUCACAAAAACUCUUCAGCCUGGUCCAUAAACGUUUAUUGAAACAGAUUCUUAUUGGAGGAAAAAAAGAAAUAAAAAGGUAAGGAUAUUCCUAUUUGUAGUAAAAUGGAGGAGAGAGUUUGUUAUAGAAAUGUGGAAGGGGGUUGGGGAUUUAGCUCAGCGGUAGAGCGCUUGCCUAGCGAGUGCAAGGCCCUGGGUUCGGUCCCCAGCUCCGAAAAAAAAGAAAAAAAGAAAAAAAAAAGAAAUGUGGAAGAACAUAGCCAGAGGCAGGGACAUCUGGGAGAGCACAAAGUGGGCGUGACUCUGAGCCAUGUGAAGAAGAGUCAACCAGGAGUAUCUACGGAGCAAUCCAGUAACAGUAGAGGGAUGCCACACACUCAUUACACCCAUGUGUGAUCUGAGGAGAAACUCAGUUUUCAUGGAGCCAAUAUGUGUCACAUUAUUAUUGAAAACAGAGCCACAACUACAACAGUGAGAAACAAAAUUUUACUUUUAAAAUAUUUGAAUAUAAAAAGUGUUCUAACAUGGGUAGCACGUACCAGACAGCUGGGCUGCUCUGCAUGUGGAAUCCACAUCAAAGGAGAGAGAGUCCAAGCCAAGUAAAAAGUUCUAAAACCUUCCCUAAAAUAGUUAAGAAAUAGAUGUCAUGGGAUGGUUUCUCGCUUUCUCUAAAACUCAGCCCUGUCUUUCCUCAUUAAAUUCACCACUAUUCAAGAGGAAGGGAGGAAAGAAUGGCCCUCAAAUAGCUAAGGUUCCAGUCAGAUGAAUAGAAGGAGAAUGUGUCCUGGGAACAUGAAAUAAAGUUACCAAAAGCAGUCAUCAGAAGUGUUUGCCAAAAAAUAAAAAAUAAAAAAAUAAGAAGAAGAAGAAAAAGAAAAGAAAAGAAGACUUUUCCCUGGAAAAAAAAUGAAAGAAGUAAAAAAGAAAUAAAUAAAUGAACAAAAAAAAUGAAAGAAGUGUUUUCUACCACAGAAGACUCAAAAUAAUUUGACCAGAAAAAAAUGUUGAAAUGGGUAAUGAGAGGUCUUUAUAUGUGACUAUAUCAACUAAUGCUAGAUUAUAGCAUCUUCAUAAGCAAUCACCUCCCAAUAGCAUCACUAGAUGGGAGCUGAACCAACAACACAUUAGCCUUUUCAGAGGAUGAUUCCUUUCCAAACAGAUAAUAAUAUUGUCCCAAAGUUGUAAAUAUGAAACAAACAAACAAACAAAGCAAACAAAGAAACAAAGGAAAGGGAAGGGAAGAGAAAAAUGAAAAACAAAAAGGAAAAAAAAAAGGAAAAUAACCCCACCCCCAGAGAAAUCUAUACAAAAAUCUGGAGCCAAGAAGUAAAAAUAGCUUAAAGAGAAUUUUAUUACUGGUUUAUGUGGCCAUGCUAAGGGUGGAGUGCAGGACCUUGUACUUGCUAGGCAAGAGUUCUACUACUAUGCUACAUAGUCAGCCAACACAGUGACAAUUGUUACUUCUACAAGAUGCUUAAAAACUGAGAGGCAGAGGCAGGAGGAUCUGAGUUUCACCUAGGACUAGAUGGAUGGAUGGAUAGAUAGAUAGAUAGAUAGAUAGAUAGAUAGAUAGAUAGAUAGAUAGAUAGAUAAAACAAAAUUAAAAGAAGACCCUAAACUGUCAGGAGACACCUCCCAAACUAUAGCUAUAACUAAGCUGUGACUAUCUAUAGCUGCCUAGGCCAUUUUGCAUUUCAGUCAGAAAGAAUUCCAGCUCAAAACAACCUUCUUUCUACCCAACCAACGGGUAAAAAUUGCCUUUUAAGUUUCUCUAAAUACCCAUUGUGUAGAGCCCCUCAGGAAUCAUUCAUUUUGAAUCAAAAUGAAUGGAUGAGGGACAAAGCCCAGGGGCAAUUCUUUACUAAGAAUUAAAUUCACCAAACCCAGACUAUGUCUAUGCAUGCCUGACACAGCUAUUUCCUACCAAAGAUUUGUCCUUUAUAGUCUAAAGUAAAAUGUAUGUAUCAUGGUUGACCAAAGUCUUGAUUUUUCUUGUACCUAACUUUGAAAGGCAAAAAUAUUUGUCCCAAAUUUGGCUUGGAGACAGGUGUAGGGACCGCAUAAUUGGAAACUUCUUCCCAGUUCUGUGAUGGAAACUUUAUAUGGAAAAAGCUGUAAAGAUAAAUAUUUAGACUGAAAAAUGAUAUUGGGGAUUAUAUAAAGCAUCUUGCUUUUUUAAUUGAUAAGGUUAUUGUGAUGCAUGAAAGUCCUUCCUGCAUAUAGUCACUACUUAUGUUGGUCACUGUCGCUAGGCAAAUGGCUCUCUAUUCCCAGUCUUUCUGAAAAAUGGCUGUAUCUUGUUAAUUAUGGUAUGCGGGUAGACUAAUAGUCUGCUGGUUUUGUUUGUUUACUUGUUUGCUUCUAAAAGACAAGGUCUCACUACAUAACUCUGGCUAUCCUAUUGUGGAACUCAGUCUGUAGGCUAGGCUGGCCUCAAACUCAAAGACCAAUGGGCCUGCCUCCAUCUCCUAAGUGCUACAAUUAAACGGGUGCACCGCUACACUCAGUUUGUGCUUUGUUAAGAUGUGUCCCACAGAAAUGUAUUAAAUAAUUUUGGAAAACUAAGACAUUUGUACUUUUCUUCACAUUCAUUCACAGGAGAGUGAAUAAAUGGUAAAGAAGAGCAGAAACAUUAAUGUAGAUAUAUGCACAUGACUAUUCAUUUAUACUAAUUAAAAACAAAAGCAGUCAAAUGUUUAUCAAUACAUUACAAAGGUACAAAAUGGGUUAUGAUACUACUAUUAAAAUAAUGAAUAAUGUCUAAUUCACAGCAUGAUGUGAUGAUUUUUAUGUUAAGUAACUAAGUAAAGCAGAUAAAAAUAUACAUUAUAAACAGAAGAUUUUGCUCUUAGAGCAGGUAGAGCGACACCCAUAAAGCAGAGACUGACGGAGGGAGAUUCUGGGUACAAACCUUGGCCUCCACACUUGCAUGCAUGGAAUCGAAGCAUAUACAUUUCCUCACACACGCAGACACCACAUACAUUCACACAAAAGAAACAACCAGGAAGCAGUUUUGGUGAGAAUGUAAAGAUAUGGGCUCUUACUAGCCUUUGGUAAGAAUGUAAAUGGUGCAUCUGCUGUAAUACACAGCAACAGUAGAAUUGCCUUAUUAUCCAUCUUUUUAAUUUCUGGUUAAAUAUAAAAACAGUUGAAAGCAGUCUUGAAAUGAUCUCUGUGCACCCAUGUUUAUAGCGGCAUUGCUUGUAAUAGUCAAAAUGUAGUUAGUCCAAGAGUCCAUGAUGACUGAUGAUGGCAUGAUGACAUGAUGACAAAUGAGUGUUAAAGGUGUAUCUUUUAAUACACAUGUGGACUUAUCUACAUGGAGCUUUUGCUCAACAUGAAAGGAAGGGUGUUCUGACACAUGCUAGCACAUGGAUGAACCCUGAGGACGUCAGAAGGAGAUGCACCAAGGGAAUGCUGACAGCACUGUGAUUGAAUGUAGUUCUAUUGAAAUGUAUUCUUGAAGAUGGUGAAGAAUAUAAAUCUUAUGUUAUAGACAUUUUACCACAAUGUAAAAACUUAAAAAUAAUGUGCUAUGUAUCCUCAAUAAAAGGUUGGUUAAAUAAACAAGAAGGCAUUUAAGGAGUA